AUCUACAUUUUAUUUUUUAGGUUAGUUCAGCUGUUUUACUGUUUGGGUUAGAGUUUAGUUUUUGAUUUUUUGUGAAUAAAUUGUCAUUUGUUCACUAUUAUCAGUAUAAAAUGUCAUAGGAAUGAAAUCUUCAUGUUUAUUGUUCAUUGUUCUAAACUAUUGUGCCAGUGAAUAUUGUUUUUGUAACAAUUUUAAAAUUAUAUUAGAACUUUACUGAGUUAUUAUAGAAGAUUUGUCUUAGUUUUUGGUAAACAAAGAGAUUUAUAGAGAUGAAUCACUUUCAGAGUGGACUAGAUACAGUUAAGUUUUGUAUCAACAAUAAAUUGAGUCAUAGGCAACCAUGGGAAAUCGUUCUGAUGUCCUCUACAACAGUCUUGACUGUAACUUGGCUCUGGGACUUCAUUUUCAAAGAUGAAAGUUUGUAUGGAAGGCUGCAAAGAUUCGUAUUUAGUAUGGUAAAAAAGAUACCUGCUGUUAGAAGGAAAAUCGAGAGUGAGCUGGAGACAAUGAGAACAAGUUUCAACGAUAGCAAUUUGAAAAGAUUCAAAGGACAGACUUUUAUUGUUGAACUGCCUACCGAGAGUAAAUCCCCCGAUGAGGUUUUGUCAAUGUUCUAUGCCAACAUGAAACUCGGAGAGUAUGACUGGAAAAACGGGUUUGUGUCUGGCACAGUGUAUUACAAAGAAAACGAGGAUAUCAUGAAUACAUUAACAGAAAUCAGUAGAGUUUCAUCAUACUCCAAUCCGCUGCAUAUAGAUGUGUUUCCUGGAGUAUGUAAAAUGGAGGCUGAGGUGAUAAAAAUGUGCACGAAGCUUUUCCAUGGAGGACCCAAAGCCUGCGGUUCGAUAACAACGGGCGGCACAGAGUCGAUCAUGAUGGCGUGCAAGGCGUACCGCGACUAUGGGGCGGCAACUCACAACAUUAGUCGCCCCCACAUGGUGGUCCCCAUCACGGCGCACCCCGCCUUCGACAAGGCUGCCUCCUACUUUCGCAUGCGCAUCAAGCACGUGCGCUGUGACCCGCACACCACAGCAGUUGACCUGCGAGCCAUGGAGAGGGCCAUCACCUCCAACACUUGCAUGCUAGUAGCAUCGGCACCAAACUACCCAUACGGCACAUGUGACGAUGUGGCAGCCAUUGCUGAGUUGGGACUGAAGUACAACAUUCCUGUGCACGUGGACUGCUGUCUGGGCGGAUUCCUCACAGCUUUCAUGCCGGCCGCCGGCUUUCCACUGCAACCCUUCGACUUUGCACUGCCCGGAGUUACUAGUAUAUCUGCUGACACGCAUAAGUACGGCUUCGCACCGAAAGGAUCAUCAGUGGUGAUGUAUUCGGACCCCAAGUACCACAAGCACCAGUUUUGCGUCACCACAGAGUGGCCCGGUGGAGUUUACGGGUCACCUUCGGUUUGUGGAUCUAGGUCUGGAGGUACUAUAGCUAGCUGCUGGGCUGUUCUGAUGCUGUAUGGAUUUGACGGUUAUGUCAAAUCAACCAAGAGAAUAAUCGAAACAUCUCGUUAUAUCGAAAGUGAACUGAGGAAAAUUGACGAGAUUUUCAUAUUUGGCAAACCAAUGACAUCGGUUGUAGCACUCGGUUCCAACUCAUUCCAUAUUUACAGUCUUUCUGAGAGCCUCAGUGAGAAAGGAUGGAACUUGAAUCCCCUUCAGUUUCCAGUAGGCGUACACUUGUGUGUUACUGAUAUGCAUACCAAAGAAGGAAUCGCUGAUCGAUUCAUAACGGAUGUUAGAGAAUCUGUGACAGAAAUAAUGAAGAAUCCACCGACAAAACCUAUGGGAAAGAUGGCUGUAUACGGAAUGGCGCAAAGUAUACCAGACCGAUCAAUCGUAGAUGACGCCACCAGACUUUUCAUCUCAUCAAUGUACUACACUCCACAUAAUGAUACGUCACAUGACAACAAUUAGACAUUGAUCUCAAUCAAAUCUCAUCUAUUCCAAUCUUUUGGUGCCAACAUAUUUUUAUCAUAGUUCACCUAUAUUUGGAAGAAUAAUUGUUAUCUAUGGAUAUUUCAACAAUCACUUUUAAGUACAGCACUAUUCUACAUAUAAUUUUCUACUCAUUGAAUGCAUUUUUGUCUAUCAGGUAUCAAAAAUAUAUAUUAUACGUUAAUAUGAUAGUUAUAUAAUUUUCUACUGCUUGAAUACAUGUAUUGUUACGUUGUCAAAAGUAUAUAUUAAACGUUAUAUGAACAAAAAUCGAUGUGUGUGUGUAACUGACUCAACUCAUCAAUUUUUGCUCACUAUUUUUUUUAAUUUUAUAAAAAUUUUCAGCUCACUAAUACAGUUUGGAAAAUUACAGAAUGUAGAAUAAAAAUCCAAAAAUCGUUGCGAGGGAGAUGGAAAAAGUGCCUAUUGGCAAGAUUUAUACAGAAUUGAAUUUUCAACUCAAAUAUUAUAAAUUUAAACUAAUUCUUCAAGAUUUUAAUAAACAAGUACGAUAGGCCUAUUGAGUCUUAGCUAUAAACUUCAAUACUAUAAUAAGAAAAUAUACUAGUGACCCCCUGGGUUGAAGAACUCGCUCAUGAACUGUUUUAUUGAAACACGCAAUUUUAUUUGUAUAAUAAUUUUAUAACUAUACUAGCAGGGUACCCGUGCUUCGCUAGGGGAAUUAAAUGAUCAGAAAAUUUUUGUAAAAUAUUUAUAACCUGAAUUCUACCAAAGCCGUUAUAAUCGUUUUUGAGAUCCAUCAUACAAACAAAAAUUGCUUGCUGAAUAUAACUUGAAUAAAAAAUUAUAUAGUCUCGUCACUGUCAUAGAAUUUUGUAUCCGAAAAGGUGCUCUCCCUCGAUGAAAAUGUUAUUACUGGGGCAGCGAUAUAUAGGACCGUUUCAAGUUUCAUUCAAAUACA